AUGUCGAAUAAUGGCGCGUGUGUCGUGCCGCAGGUGAAAACAGGCACCUCAAAUUCCUCCAAAAACAUAUUCCACUUCACUGCGGGUCUCUGUUCCGGCCUCACCUCCGCAGUCCUCCUCCAACCCGCCGAUCUCCUCAAAACCCGCGUCCAACAAUCUCAACAAUCCCUUCUCCCAACCCUCAAAAACAUCCUCGCCUCUCCCCAUCCAAUCCAUAGCCUAUGGCGUGGUACACUCCCCUCAGCACUACGCACAGGUUUUGGAUCAGCUCUCUACUUCACCAGCCUUAAUUCCCUCCGCCAAACAGUUGCCCAAAGUUACGCACCCAUAGCGCUCUCAGGUCCAUCAUCUGCCAAAUACAGCUCAGCGCUCCCAAAACUCUCCAACACCGCAAAUUUAGCGACGGGAGCUGUCGCCCGUGUAGCAGCCGGCUUCCUAAUGAUGCCCGUCACUGUACUGAAAGUGCGCUACGAAUCCGACCUGUAUGCCUACCGCAGUUUAUACGGCGCAGGCCGGGACAUUCUACGAACAGAGGGCCUGCGCGGUCUCUUCGCCGGGUUCGGCGCCACUGCAGCUAGAGACGCACCCUACGCCGGUCUAUACGUUCUCUUCUACGAGCAGUUGAAACGACGACUCGCUUCAAUGACGGCCACGGGCACAAACAGCGAUGGAACACCGCAAGGCAGCGCCUCAUCCUCGUCUAUAAACUUUCUGUCUGGUGGCUUAGCUGCUGGUCUGGCCACGGCUAUUACCAAUCCUUUUGAUGCAGUGAAGACCCGACUGCAGCUUAUGCCAGCCAAGUAUGGUAACAUGGCCCGCGCUGUGCGCCUGAUGGUGCACGAGGACGGUAUGCGCAGUCUAUUUGGUGGUUUGGGGCUUCGUAUUACCCGCAAGGCUCUGAGCUCUGCUCUUGCUUGGACAGUUUACGAGGAGCUUAUCUUACAGGCCGAGAAGCGGUGGGCGAAAGAUAAUAUAAGUCUAUAA